AUGCCCACCGAAUCCUCAUCGGCGGUACCCCAGGGCGGCGGCACAACGCUGCCCCCGCCCGCCGCCCUCAAGUGCGCAAUCUGCGGUGCUGCAAGUCUCAGUCCCGUCGACGGCGUCGUUAUCCUUGGCGAGGAGAUUGAGCGCUUCUGUGCAGCCUGCUUUCGCGCCGAGAGCUCGCGCGGACUCGGUCUGACCCUCGGUAUCAUCCCUGGCAAUCAGGGCGGCGCACAAGCACAAGGCAGCAGCCGUCAAGGCGGCGGCGGCGGCGGCAUCACGAGCCUCACCGCCGCAGCUCGCCGCAGGUCCGAAUGUGAACCCGUUGUGCUCGACCUCGCGCGUAUACGGGACGCAGCCGUCGCCGCUCGUCGUCCCCGGAGCACCUUGCAUGCUUCAGAGGGCGCGACCAGUCAAGUCGCCCCCCGACGCCCUCCCACGCCGACGGUGCGCGAGCAAUCGGCCGACGAUGCCGACUCCACCCUCUGCCAGGCUGGCUCACCGUCGCCUUUGCCUACCCCUUUGGCCGAGUCCCAGCAGUCGCCGGAGGAGCCUGUUGGUAUCCCAACCCCGCGCGCGGGUACAGGGUCCACCCCCAAGUGCGACCCCGACAUGUCAACGUCUCUGCCUGCGCCGCCCAUGUCGCCCUGGGCCACUGUCCCGUCACUUGCCGCUAUCACAGCAGCAGCAACAGCGGCAGCCACUCCAUCUAGUGUCAAGCCGGCAGCUCUCGACGAGGAGGAGCAUCCCGCCAACCCGCUGCUGGACGUGACGCGCAGCAGCGUAAAAUCCCAAGGCCGUGGCUGUCUCUAUCCCGGGUCCAUCUUCCGCGGCACCCAAAAUUCCGGCCGGAGCUCUUACGAGGUCGACAUUGAGAUUGUCAAUGUCGAUUUCAACGCAUACACCCUCUGCGGCUACCUCACCAUCUCAAACCUCACCGACUCGCAUCCUCAGCUCACGACGUUUUUUGACGGAGAGAUUAUCGGGCCCAAGUAUGGCUUUAUCACUGGCGAGAGGUUUGGCGCGACAGAGCACGACGAUAUCCGCCACUGGGGCCGGUUUGAGCAGUUUCGUCGCACGUCCACGCGCCAGGACGUCGUCCGCGAAGAGAUGCUGUUCCGCGACCCCCUCCAGGACACGGCCAGCGGCGAGACGAGGCCCAAGGAAAGGGAGUUUUGCUUUAUCCGCCUCAAGGAAAAGUUCCUCGUUCCAGACCACUCGGUGCGCGACAUUAGCGGCGCCAGCUUUGCCGGCUUCUACUACGCAAUCGUCGACUUUAGUCCCGCCAUCGAGGUCAACGACGAGCCUCCUGCGUCCCCCGUCAUCCCUCGCUCGCCGUUGAGGGGCACCGGUCGCCGCAUGAGCUCGACCGGUCCCCGUCCUGACCCUCCCCGCCGCCAGAGCACCUCGACCACGCGCACCGCCGAGACUGCUAGCGGUACCGGGCCGGCACCCCGUCGCCCGUCCACCACGGCAGCGACGCGGCCCGAGGCUCCCCGCCGCGCGUCCGUGGCGCGUGCCCCCGCCGUCCCCAGGGAGGCGACCAUCAAGGGCUAUUACUUCCACUCGCUCAACCAGGAGCCGUUCCAGGAACUCGACCUGACACAUGUACCCAGCUACUCGCGUGGCACAUUUGAGCUGCGUUGA